UUAUUGUAAUGAAGGUUUCUCUCGAUUAACUGGUUAUAGUCGUGUAGAAAUUAUGCAAAAAAGUGGAAGUUGUGCAUUUUUCUAUGGUGAACAAACAACAAAAGAUAUGCGUGAACGUUUAUUAAAAGCAUUAGAUACUCAAACACGGAUCAAAUUGAAAUGUUAUUUUAUAAAAAAAAUCGUUUACCAUUUUGGUUACUUGUAUGUGUUGCACCAGUUCGUAAUGAAUGUGAAGAAGUAGUACUAUUUCUAUUGGCCUUCAGAGAUAUCACAGCGUUGAAAACACCAUUUGAUGAUGAAGAUACUGUUAAAGGUUUAAGUAAAUUUGCUCGAUUAGCACGUUCAGUUACACGAAAUCGUUCAGUUCUGCAACAAUUAUCUGCAUCACAAACAUCAGCACAAAAUUCUGCAUUAACUGUAUAUCGUAGUAAUCGACUAACAGUAUGUAGUGGUGGCGGUGGUGGUGGUGGUGGUGCUGAUAGUACUAGUGGUGCAAUUAAUGAUGAUACAGAAGUAUCAAAUCAAAUGGAACAAUAUAAUUCACCAAGUUUAUCAAAUUUUCAAAAUUUAAACACGAGUUCAAGUUCACGAUUUCAUGAUUCAUCAAAAUCCGAUCCAGAAAAAGCGGUAAUGUCAACUUCAUCAUGGUUGGAUUUAGUUCCACAAUAUAAACAAGAAGCACCAAAAACUCCACCACAUAUUAUAUUACAUUAUGUGGCAUUUAAAACAACAUGGGAUUGGUUAAUAUUAUUUUUAACUGGUUAUACAGCAGUAAUGGUACCAUUUAAUGCAGCAUUUAAAAGUAAAACAAUGGAUGAUGUUAGUUUAUUAGUUGUCGACAGUAUUGUUGAUGUAAUAUUUUUUAUAGAUAUUGUAUUAAAUUUUCAUACAACAUUUGUUGGACCAAAUGGUGAAGUUAUAUCAGAUGCUACUAUUAUACGAAUUAAUUAUUUAAAAGGAUGGUUUAUUGUAGAUGUAUUAUCAUGUUUACCAUAUGAUGUAUUUAAUGCAUUUCAACCGGAAGCAACACAAAGUACAAUUAGUUCCUUAUUUGGUGCAUUAAAAGUUGUACGUUUAUUACGUAUUGGUCGUGUUACACGUAAAUUAGAUCAAUAUUUGGAAUAUAUGGCAGCUAGUUUAUUAUUAAUGAUAUCUGGUUUUGUUUUAUUGGCUCAUUGGUUAGCAUGUGUAUGGUAUAGUGUUGGUCAAACUGAUUUAAAAAAUGGUAUUUAUUAUGGUUGGAUACCAAGAUUAUUAAAUGAUAUUGAUCAAGGUAAAACUACUCCAACUAAUUGGACUAGUGGUAAUCCACCACUGCCACGUACAAUGACUUAUGUAACAUCAUUAUACUUUACAUUAUCAUUAAUUACAAGUAUUGGUUUUGGUAAUGUAUCAGCGACAACAUUUGGUGAAAAAUUAGUUGCAGCGGUUUUUAUGCUUAUUGGAGCAUUUGGUUAUGCUACCAUAUUUGGUAAUGUGACAACAAUAUUUCAAGGAAUGUAUGCAACACGUUCUAGAUAUCAUGAUAUGAUGGCAUCUGUGAAAGAUUUUAUUAAAACACAUAGUGUACCAAAAGAUUUAGCUGAACGUGUUAUUGAUUAUGUGACAUCAACAUGGGCUAUUACUAAAGGAAUUGAUACAGCUAAAGUAUUAAAUUAUUGUCCAAAAGAUAUGAAAGCUGAUUUAUGUAUACAUUUAAAUCGUAUGGUAUUUAAUGAACAUCCAGCAUUUCGUUUAGCUAGUGAUGGGUGUUUAAGAGCAUUAGCUGUAAAUUUUAAUACAAUACAUACAGCACCAGGAGAUUUAAUAUUUCAUCAAGGUGAAAGUAUUGAUCAAUUAUGUUUUGUUGUUUCUGGUUCAUUAGAAGUUAUUCAAGAUGAUGAAAUAGUUGCAUUUUUAGGACGUGGUGAUGUAUUCGGUGAACCAUUUUGGAAAGAUCCAAAUAGUAUGAGUCAUUCAGCAGCAACAGUUCGUGCUUUAACUUAUUGUGAUUUACAUUGUAUUAAAAAAGAUUGUCUAUUACAAGUAUUAAAAUUUUAUUCUGCAUUUGCAAAUAGUUUCGCUCGAAAUUUAGUAUUAACAUACGAUUUAAAAACACGUCUUAUAUUUCGUAAAUUAGCAGAUGUUCGACGAGAAUAUGAAUUAGCUGAACAUCGUAAAACUGAUAAUGCAUUAUCUAGUUUACGUGCUGAUCAUCCAGUUCGUCGAAUGAUACAUAAAUUUCGUCGUAUAGGUACACAUAAUCAAUCAACUAAUGAUUCACCAAUAGGUAGUAAUAGUGGUCCAGGUUUACAAGAUAAUGAUAUGAUACGUAUUACACGUAAAUCUAUUACAUUAGGUGAUUAUGAUGAUUAUAGUAAAGAUUUUGAAUUUAAUGAAGAUCAUGAAGAUCGACUACGAAUUCAAGGAAAAUUAGAUAGUCCAAGUACAUCUACUAUGAAUAGUACUAACAAUAAUAAUAAUAAUAAUAGUAAUCCUGUCAGUGUAUUAGAUGAAAUCGCAUCACGAUGGGGUAAACGUAUAGAACUAAAAAACAAUAAUAAUAAAAUAUCUAUUUCAGAUUCAAUUCAACAAACAAUUCCUUCUCAUAAAGAGUCCCCUAGUAACACAAUUGCUAAUAAUAAUAAUAAUAUCAAUGAUAAUCAAUAUUCACGUUCAGUUCUACAAUCGAAAUGGGGUAAUUUAUUAAAAACAUCCAUAAUACCUGAAGAACAACAACAACAACAAUCUAAAUCAAUAAUUUCGAAUCCAAAUAAAAUCAAUAAUAAUACUGAUAAUGAUAAUCAUCAUAUUCAAUCGAUUAUUAAUAAUCAAUCAAAAUUAAUGAAUGAUCAUUUUGAAAAUUUACAAUUAAUCAAUAAAUCAAUAUUAGAUAAUUUAAUGAAUAUACAAAAUGAAUUUAAACAAGAAAUGAAUCAUUUAAUAAAACGUAUCAAUGAUAUUGAUAAUCGAAUUGGUCAAAUUGUUUGUAAUAUAGAAUAUAAACAAUAUGAUAAUAAUGGUAAUGAAUUAAAACAAUCUUGGAAAGAUCAUCAUCCUCACCACCAACACCAUCAUCCUCAUCAAGAAGAAGAAGAACAACAACAACAACAAUGUCGAGAACAUCACCACCACCACCACCACCAUCAACUUUAUCCUCAUCAACAAGAAGAAGAACGACAACAACAAGUACAUCAUCAAAAACAUGGUAAAUAUAAUAAUAGUAAUAAUAAUAAUAUAAGUAAAUUGAUUAAGACAGUAUUUACAUCAUCACCAUUAACAUCAUCUGAUUUAUCUACCUCAUUUAAAUCAAAUCGUACUUCCAGUUUAACUAUAUCAAAUAAAAUACAUCCAUUAGUUAAUUCAAUGGAUACUAAAUUAAAUCAAUCAACAUCAAUAGCAACAACAACGAAAACAAAAAGAAGAAACCGAGGAAUAAGAACAAAAAGUACCAGUUCAAUAAAUCCUCAACAAAUCAAUAAUCAAAUUAUAAAAUUAAAUGAUUUAUCAUUCAAUAAAGAAUUUUAUAAAUAUAAUAUACCAAGACAAUGUAUAUCACAAUAUUAUAAACAAUAUUCAAUGGAUAAUGAUAGUCAAUUAGAAUCUAUUUCAACAGAAAGUGAUACAUCAUUAAUGAAUGUACAACAACAAUCAUCAUCAUCAUCAUCAUCAACAACAACAACAACAACAUCAUCAUCAUCAUCAUCCAAAAUUAUUUUAGCUAAACCAAUACAAACUACUUAUUUUUCUACUCAUUUAAUGAAUACUAUCACAACUACAACUACAACAACAACAACAACAACGACAUGUUUAAUGAAUCAAACUAAUCAAUCUUUAAUAAAUUAUAAUUAUUCUUUAUCACCAUUCAUAUCUCAUAGAAAUGAUCAUUUAUAUUGUCAAUCAAUAUUAAAUCAUUUUAAUGAAACACAAUUGAUUAAUCGUAAUCCAUUUAUUUAUUCUAUUGAAAAUAGGACACAAUCAAUGAUUGUAACGGAUAGUUUAAGAAAUCAAUUACCAAGGAAUGUAUUGUAUAGUACUACAACAACAACAACUACUACUACUACGAUUGGAUCAUCAAUGAUGAUAACUGAUACAAAUACCUAUGUGCCUAAUUCUUCUUAUAUGAUGUCUAUGACUACUAGUAACACUACUACUACUACUACUAACAAUAAUAAUAAUAAUAAUAAUAAUAAUAAUAAUACUCGAUUAUUCAUUAAUAAUCGAUGGAAUCCACAAUCAGAUAUAUUGAAUACACGUAUAUUUAUUCCAGAAUUAUCAUCUGUAAUGACUACUGAUAUAACAACAACUACAACUACAACCACAUCCACCAUCACCACCACCACCACCACAACAACAUCACAAUAUAUUCAUUCAUCAUUUAAUCAAAGAUCUCAUAUUAUUCAUACUAAUCAAUUGAAUAAAUUUAGGGAUUUCAAUGUAACUAAACAAUAGAAAUCAAGAUAUGUCUACUUAUUUUAUAUCAAUAAUGUUUUCUUCUUUAUUUUAUUUUUCUUUUUGUUUUUUUUCCUUUUAUUGUAAAUUCUUUCUUUUUUUCUCUUUUUUCUCUCCUUUUUUUUCAACUUUUAUUUUAAUCCAUAAAUUAAUUCAUUAAAACAUAAACUAUUUUAUCCCCUUAUUAAUUAAUAAAUAAAUAAAUAAAUAAAAUGGAACUGAUACAAAUCGGACAUGAAUAUAUUUUUCAAAAUCAAAAUAUGAAUUCUAAUUGAAUUUAGGUGUACAAAGCUCAUGUAGACAUAUACGAACACACACAAACACACACACACAAACAUACGUACAACAACACCACCACCACCAAUAAUAAUAAUUAUCUGAUACCAUGGUGAAAUGAAACAUUUAAGAUUUUUUUUUUUCGUUGUUUUUUUUUAGGUAUAAACCUUAAAUAACUAAGUAACUAAUUGUUUGUUACUAAGAGAAAGGUAAAAAAAUACACAUUUGAGUUGUAUAUAUUAUCAAAUGAAAGUUUAUUUUACAUUUUAAAGAAAAAAAAGAAAGAAACAAAACAGAAUCACAACUGAGAAUAAUUUUCUUUCAUAUUUAUUUAUUUGUUUAUGGGUUUUUUUUUAAUUUAUCAAUUAAAUGGUUAUCCAUUUGGAAA